AUGGAUCCCAAGCCAAUCGAAGCGUUCGGCGCCUCCCUUCAGGGAUACUAUAACAACAAAUGUCUUUCAGAUGUCGUGAUUCGAUGUAAUGGCCAGGAAUUUGCAGUCCACAGCCUUGUCCUUUUCUGUCAUUCUGACUACUUUAAAAAGCAAUUAACCGAAACGUGGAAGGAGAGCGCAGACAAAAUCAUCGAGAUCACAGACUUUGAUACAAAUAUUGUCGAGGCUAUGCUUCGUUUUAUUUAUUCUUUCGAUUGCGACGUCCGUCCUAAUACGCCCCCUCUGAUCUUCCACGCCAAGGUCUACCAGAUCGGCGAUAAAUACGGCAUCGAAACACUCAAAAAGCAGGCCUCGAAUAAAGUCGAACGCAUCGUUAAUGAAGCUGAAGUAGCCACUAAAUAUGUGAGUGAUUUGGUCGAUGCAAUCACAGUGAUGUAUACCACCACGCCACCAGGAGACCGAGGCCUACGAGAUAUCGUCGUGUAA